UUGUCAUGUCAGCGUCUCUUCUCAAAAUAUCUCCUUGAGGAAUCUAGUCGGGCGCCUGUGAUCGACGUGAUCGUGCCGGCGUCCCCAAUCGCCACCAAAGAGGCAGCACAGCUGAGAGAUCUAAUUGACCAACGUGACCAUGAGAUCCGUAUCCUUUUUCCAUGUCCCCAUUUUCAGACGCACGGUGAAGCCGCUUUUUCAUUCUGA